UCUUUCUGGAGUUGUGGUCAUAACAAGUAAGGACACAGUCCAGCACCAAGGUAUCUUGUUAACAAUGGAAGGAUCAGUAAAUCUGCAGCUUAGUGCCAAAAGUGUGGGUGUGUUCGAAGCUUUCUAUAACUCUGUCAAGCCUAUUCAAAUUAUUAACAGCACUAUUGAAAUGGUAAAACCAGGGAAACUUCCCAGUGGCAAGACAGAAAUCCCGUUUGAAUUUCCAUUGCAUAUGAAGGGGAACAAAGUUCUGUAUGAGACAUAUCAUGGUGUCUUUGUUAAUAUUCAGUAUACCCUACGGUGUGAUAUGAGACGUUCUCUGCUGGCAAAAGACCUAAGUAAGACUUGUGAAUUCAUUGUCCACUCACUGUCACAGAAAGGGAAACUGAUGCCAAGCCCAGUAGACUUCACAAUUACUCCUGAAACUUUGCAAAAUGUUAAAGAGAGAGCUUCACUUCCAAAAUUUCUCAUCAGAGGUCAUCUCAGUUCUACAAACUGUAUCAUUACACAGCCGCUAACAGGGGAGCUGGUAGUGGAGAACGCAGAGGCUGCAGUCAAAAGUAUCGAGCUGCAGUUAGUACGUGUGGAAACCUGUGGGUGCGCGGAAGGUUACGCCAGAGAUGCCACAGAGAUACAGAAUAUUCAGAUCGCUGAUGGGGAUGUCUGCAGGGGCCUACCAAUUCCUAUAUACAUGGUGUUCCCCAGGUUGUUCACCUGCCCUACCCUGGAAACAACAAACUUCAAAGUUGAGUUUGAAGUUAACGUUGUUGUCCUUCUGCAUGAUGAUCAUCUCAUCACAGAGAACUUCCCACUGAAGCUCUGCAGGAUGUAAAUAGUCAGAGGAGAAUUACUUAAGGAUUUACUGAAAAAGGACAAAAUUCUUCAGAGACAAAGUGAAAUUUUAUCCACAUCUUACUUGAACUGAAAACACAUUGCUUCCUUCUCCCUGCUGGUAGUUCUUGUGCUUUCAGUUCUCUGUAAACCUUGCUAAGACUUUGCCUGCCUUGCGAUAGCCUACGUGGAUGUAUCUAUCCAGACAGCCUUGUCAGGCAUCUCUCUGACCUCAACCACCAUGUUUCCCCCCAUUUUUCUCAGACAA